AUGCUGGCUGCGCCGCGACGUAGCGAGCUGUCGCCCAAUCCCUCGGGGGAACUCGGUAUCUUCAGUGCGACGACUUACUCGUGGGACACCCACGAGUCCGAGACGGUUUGGAACCUGGUGAACUUGACGAGUGGAAGAAUCUCACUGCUGUACAAUGGCUCGGAAAUCUCGGAAAUCGCCUGGGUCGGACCGAACGAUACGAGCAUUCUCUAUGUCAACGGUACCAACGAGGAAGACAAUGGAGGCAUCAGCCUUUACGCUGGCGACGUCACCGCCCUCGGCGAGGCGUACCUUGUUGCCUCGCUUCCGGCACCAUACUCUGGACUCAAGGCCGUCGUCACGCCGUCUGGGAAUGUCAACUUCCUGCUGAACUGUCUGGCUUGGCCGAAUGGAACUGCGUACAAUGAGGCAUUUGCGGCAGAGCCGCUCAGUAGUGCGAAAAUCUAUGACAGCAUCUAUGUCCGGCAUUGGGAUACCUGGCUGACCGAGCGGAAGUAUGCUGUCUUCGCUGGUUCACUAGCGGGUGGCAACAGAUACUCUCUGCGUGGUGGUUUGAGAAAUCUCGUCACAAACAUUACCAACGUCACGAGGGCGGAGAGUCCUGUCCAACCUUUCGGCGGCUCUGGCGACUACGACAUCUCGCCUGACGGGUCCUCGGUGAUCUUCUUGACCAAGAAUAUUGACCUGCCACUCUCAAACUAUACGUCUUCCCAGAUUUGGCUGGUCCCUCACAAUGGAUCAAGAGCCGCUGUGCCGGUCAAUGCAUUCUCGGGGAGCUCAACCCCGCCAAACGCGAGAGGAGCGUCAGCCGCACCCUCGUUCUCUCCAGAUGGCACAAAGAUUGCGUACCUACAGAUGGAUGGCAUCUCCUACGAGGCGGACAAGAACAAGAUCUACGUCGCGAACGCCGACCCUGGAAAUUUCAACAUCACUGUGCUCGCUGAGAAUUGGGACACCACCCCUGACCAGCUCAAGUGGGCUCCGGAUGGCUCUUCCCUCUUCGUGGCAGGUCCCGACCUAGGGAAUGAGCGUCUCUUCCAAGUUCCACUGACGGCUUCAGCAAGCUUCCAGCCAGCCAAUAUCACAAAUGCCGGUGUCGUCGCCGCAUUCUACGUGCUCCCAAAUGGCAAUCUCUUGGUGUCGGACUCUAAAAUCUGGUCGUCGCGCGACUUCUAUAUUAUUGGACCGAGAGGAAGGCUCAUCACUAGUAUCCUUCGGGCAAACGAGGUUGAUCCUGAACUCGCAGGGCUUGGUCCUCGGGAUGUGUCCGAGUUCUACACGGCCGGCAGCAAUACCCAGGUCCAGAGUUGGAUCAUAUACCCGACCGGGUUCAAUGCGAGCAGGACGUAUCCCCUAGCAUUCAUCGUCCAUGGUGGUCCUCAGGGAGGCCAUUACAACUCCUGGAGCACCAGAUGGAAUUUCAAAGUCUGGGCUGAUCAGGGCUAUGUGGUUGCGGCACCGAAUCCGACUGGCAGUACCGGCUGGGGUAUGGCUUUCCAAGAUGCCAUCCAGGACAACUGGGGCAGCUAUCCUUACGAGGAUCUCGUUGCCGUUUGGGAGUACGUCAACAGCACGUUCGACUACAUCGACACGGAGAACGGCAUCGAGGCUGGCGCGUCUUAUGGCGGAUACAUGACGAACUUCAUCCAGGGUCAUGACUUGGGACGCAGAUUCAAGGCUCUAGUCACGCAUGAUGGCAUGACCAACACUCAAGGAUCUUACUCAACUGAAGAACUCUGGUUCACUCAGCACGAUUUCAACGGCACCCUUUGGGCCAAUAGAGUCAAUUAUGACGAGUUCAAUCCACUCAACUAUAUUACUGAGUGGGCCACACCGCAUUUCGUUGUGCACAACGAGCUGGAUUAUAGGUUACCUAUAUCUGAAGGUCUCAUGCUCUUCAACAUCCUGCAACUAAGGGGUGUCCCCAGCAAAUUUUUGAGCUUCUCAGACGAAAAUCAUUGGGUGCUGAACAGGGAGAACAGUCUUGUUUGGCACAGGGAGAUCUUUGCAUGGAUCAACCACUAUUCAGGUGUCGGAGGGUAG